CUCCCGCCCCCGCCCCAGCCACCGCCGACUCUUCCUCAACGCAGGCGCAGAUCAGCGCGUGCCGGCCCCGGCCCUGGGCGGCGCAAGGGAGCGUCUGCCCGCGCCUCCCCGGCGCUCCGCAUCGCCUUUUCCGCCGUUUGCUCGCCGGCGGCCGGUGGGCGACGGACUGCUGCCCCGCCCACGCCGCCUCCGCGUGCUCUCAAGGGCUGGGCGCCCUUGCCCUACCAAACCCGGCGCCGCCUCCGCCUGGAACCGUGCGUCGUGUUCUGCGGGUAGGAGGCCAGAGACUCCACAGAGUUGGCUUCGCCGCGCGUAUGUGAUUCGCGGCGGCGGCCGGAGCUCGGUACAGGCGCCGCUGGGACGACGACGACGACGGCGCCGUGGAUGCCUCCGCCGCCGCCGGAUCGGAGGGACUUUCUGUACAGGGAGGGCCGCAGGCACGACGGCGGCGGCGGGGGCGACCCGCUCCUGCCGCCCGCCCCCACGCCGCCCCGCUGGCGGGACUCGCCCUACCACCCGCCGCCGCCGCCGCCGCCCCUGCGGGACCACUCGCGGCCCUCGCCGCGCCGGGCGCCGCAGUCGGGCUCCUCAGAAGGUUACUACCGACAGGGCGGCGGCGCGUACGACCGCUCCUGCCCUGAUGAGCCGCCGAUAGGCUACACGCCAUCGCGCUCAGACCGGUACUGGACGGAAGAUGACGGCGGAGGAUACAAGGGCUUCGGCCGUUACGGCGGCGGCGGCGGCGGCCGGAGGGACGGCCGUGACAUGAGGGGGUCUUACCGAAGGUCGCCGUUCAGGGGCUAUGGAAGCGACUUCUCCAGGAACCAUCCGGAGCAGCCCCCUCCGCCACCGCCGAGGAGGUCUCCGUUGAGGUCUGUCGCUGUUCCGAUCUGCUAUGACCCUCCAGGCAAUAGAGUUGACAGGGGGGAUAGGGACAACCUCCCACGGGUGACACCAUGGCGGAGGAGGGAGAGCAGAUCUGAGGUUGCGGGUGCUGCUGGGGCUGGACCUGGACCUGUGUCUGUUGGCCAGACCACUCGGCCGGCGCCCUCAGAGAAGGAGGCUUCAGCUCAGCCUCUGGCUGGGGCAGCUCCUCACGGGGCUGAUGAGGAGGCGCCAAGGAAGAAGGCUCGACUUGGAUGGGGCCAAGGUUUGGCCAAGUAUGAGAAGCAGAAGGUGCAAGUCCCUGCAGAUCUUGCUGAAGCUGUUGCUGAUGGGAGCCCAGCUGAUACUGAACAGAAGACUGCUUUUCCUGUGCCUCCGCCUGAGCCGCCUGCUGCGCCUGCUCCUCCACCUGAACCUCCUGCUGCACCUGCGCCUCCACCUCCGCCUGAGCCUCCUGCUGAGCCUGCACCUGAGCCUCCUGCGCCUGCGUCUGUGCCGCCUGCUGCCCCUGCCCCUGCCCCUGCUGCUGUGUGUGUGCCUGCCCCUGUAUCUGCACCUUCACCUGCGCCUUGCAUAUCUCCAGUUGAUGCACCAUCAUCUGCAGCACCAUUUUGUACCCCAGCGCCUGAAGAUAAAUCAUGUGAACAGACGGCAAAUAUGGUCAUAAACCCUACUAAAGAUGUCCCUGAAGCUGGUGAUAAAACUUUCAGCAAUGAAUUCUCCAUUAAGUUAGAUCAGCUGGCUGAUGAUCCUAUUAAUUCCAUUGCAAACAUGCUUGCUGACCUUCUCCAACAUGAUGAUUCUUGCUCUGGGGAUUCAAAAGGGCAAACCAGUGCAAGUAAGCUGCUGCUACUGAAGGAAAGUAUUUCCAAGGAGAUUGAAAAGACCGAACUCGAGAUUGAUUUGAUGGAAGGUGAACUUAAAUCUGUGAGUACUAAGGCCGGAACAGCUGUUGAGGGUUCUCCCACAGGUGUCACAUAUGCAGAAAAUAUUUCACCUUCUAGUGGGACAUCAAAGGUCCCUUUAAGUGUGGAGAUCUCUGAAACGUCUCAUGUGAUGAAAGAACCGGGGGAGCUCAUCAGCUCUCCUAAGCCACCUGUGGUGCAGGAUGUUGAUGCCAAAGGUUCUGACAUGAUGGAAAUUGAGAAUGCUGCAGUUUGUAAUGCAAAAACAGUUUCUUCAGAAGAGAGUGCUGUAUCUCCUGUGGUCGCAGAGGAUCUGGCCUGUGCUGCUGCUGAUCUUAGCCCAUUGAAAGCUUCUGAAGGAUCUGGGUUUCAAAUUGAUAUGCACAAUGACAGGGUAGAAACUUCUCCAUGCCAUGAUAAUGCUGAUUCCAUCAAAACAGAAGUUAGUGACGACCCACCAGUGAGGCAAUGCUCACACCAUGAUCAUAAGUAUAGCUUAAUUGGGUCGGUUACAUCUGCCAAUAAUAAUAUAGCCAAAGUAAUGAAUGAAUCGUUAUUUAAAUCCUUGCCUGCUGAUACACUUCGGCUUGAUUUAGUGGCAUCAAGUCAUCUUCUGAGCCAAAGGAAGAAUGACCAUCAUAUCAAAGAAAGGCUUGGAGUAUUUAAAAAUAGGCUGAGGUUGAAAGAGCAGAUUCUUACCUUAAAGUUCAAAGCAUAUCGUCACUUGUGGAAAGAGGAUCUGCGACUACUUUCUGCAAAGAAACAAUGCUCCAAGUCUAACAAGCGCACUGAUCAGAGCAACCGGGCAUCACAUAUUGGAUCUCAGAGGCAACGCUCCUCCAACCGUUCACGAUUGUCCAUGCCUGCUGGUAAUUUAAGUACAUUCUUAACUCCAGAAAUGUCAGAUGUUGCCAGCAAGUUGUUUUCAGAAUUUCAGAUUAAGCGCUGCAGAAACUACCUGAAAAUGCCAGCACUGAUUAUAGAUGAGAGAGAGAAGGAAUGCUUGAGGUUUGCCAGCAAGAAUAGCUUGGUUGAUGAUCCUGUUUUAGUUGAGAAGGAGCGGGUAAUGAUAAAUCCAUGGACACAAGAAGAAAAGGAAAUAUUUAUGGAGAUGCUUGCUAAAUUUGGCAAGGAUUUCUCCAAAAUCUCCAGUUUCCUUAUGCACAAAACUACUGCUGAUUGUGUAGAGUUCUACUACAAGCAUCAUAAAUCAGACAGUUUCCGAGAAGUCAAGAAACUUUUGGACCUUCGUCAACAUCAACCCGCUGGCAAUUUUCUGGGAGCGAAAUCUGGAAAGAAGUGGAAUCCUGAGGCAAACGCUGCUAGCCUUGAUAUGCUUGGAGUAGCAUCAGUAGUAGCAGCCCAUGACCUUGAAUAUGCAAACAGAGUGGAGAAAGUCUCUGCGAAAUCCCUCAUCCGAGCAUAUGGAUCCAAUGUUUCUUUUGCAGCCAAAAAAUCUUCUGACAGGGAAUGCAUUAAUAAUGUACCUUUGAAUGAGAGGGAAUCUGUUGCUGCUGAUGUAUUAGCAGGCAUAUGUGGCACUCUCUCUCCUGAGGGAAUGGGCUCAUGCAUUACUAGUUCUGCUGAUCUUGGUAAGAUUAACAUGACAAGAAUGGAGCAUAUCUUAGCCCCUGAAUUUGACAGAAGCAUUGAUGAUGAAGAUUUGCUGUCAGAUCACGAGUGUGAAGUUGAUCCAGUUGAUUGGAAUGAUAAUGAGAAGUCAAUUUUCAUUGAGGCUAUGAACAACUACGGAAAGGACUUCGCUCGGAUUUCAUCAUGCGUGAAAAGCAAGUCGUAUGAGCAGUGCAAAGUAUUCUUCAGCAAGGCUCGGAAAUCACUUGGUUUGGAUUUGAUCCAUCAAGGAGCAGUUGAUGUUAGUAUGCCAACUAGUGAUACAAAUGGAGGGAGGAGUGAUACUGAUGAGGCCUGUGCUGCUGAAAUGGAUUCAGCUAUCUGUAGCACGCAGUCAUGUUCAAAAAUUGAGAUGGAUGUAUGCCCUACUGAAAAAGGCAUGGGAGAUAUAGUCACUAAGCAGCCAGAACUUAAUAUAUCAAAUGGGUUUGAUGUUAUGAACGGUAAAACUGGGGAUGAUAAGGAGAAAGCUGAUAAAAAUUGUGGUAUUGUUGAUCAUGAAAGGUUCGUUGAAGGUACUCAUCAAGCAGCAUGUGGUCCUAUAGACAUCAAUUGUCCAGAAAGGACAGAGAAGCUGCAUGGAAAAGAUGAUGUCGUCGACCAAGUAAAUAUGCACAACAAUAGUGCCAUCAGCUCCUCGACUGAGCAAGCAAAGGCAAUGCACUCAGAAGUCCGAUCCUGUUUACAUUCUGUUGAGGUACUUCAUCAAUCAAGCAAAGCCCCUUUGGAGACUGGCACUGAUGCUUCCCGGAUGGAAGAAUGUUCAAACAAUGGUCUUGACAAUAAUCUAAUGAAAGCUGAAAAUUCUGGCGCCUCAUCUUGCAUAGCUUCAGAUACCUGUAUUAGGGACAAUGUUCACUUUGCAAACAUGACUGGCGCUUCCACCAUUAGUCCUACAUUCGCUUCAAGUUAUAAGCAUUCUGUGUCAGCAGAUGUGCCCCAGACAAAGCCAAAGCCAAAGCCACUGGUUACUCCCCUUACCCCAAAGGAUUUAAUGCCUGUGCAGUUCAGUUCUGCAAUUCCUGAUCCUACCGCAAUUUGUUUUGAUGGCAUAGCAUCAAUAACUAUGCCCAAUUUUGAGGACAGUGGUAACAGAGUCAGCAGUUCUUUAGGGCCCAAAGAUAUGAGCAAGUACCCAGCUUUUAAAGACCCAACUGGUAAUCAGCAUGUCACAUUGUUUCGUAAUGGUGAUGGUUACACGAACUGUCUGACAACUGAAUUACCAAUUUUUUCUGAAAGACCUGCAAGUGCAACUGUUGGUACUUCUCAGACUGAUCGGUUCACUCUAACAAAAUUCCAGAAUGGUCGGUCCAGCACUUUGGGCCUUCCAAACACUUCCGAUGGGAUUCAAUGGGCCAGAAAACAUGAAGAAGUACUGCAAGGUUCUCUGAGGUUAUGCUCUCACAAUACAAGUUCUGAUGGUGAUGAGCAACAAAAGCGGCAUGGUGAUGUCAAGUUAUUUGGGAAGAUUCUCAGUCAUCAAUCAUCCUUGCAAAGUCCUGUCUCAUCAUGUAAUGGUAACAAGAGCAAGCCUCCCUCGCCAAAAGUUGACAUGUCAUCUGUGAGAUUGUCAAACAAUCCAAGGGAUCGUGUGGUUUGUUCUUCCAAGCCUGGCAUCACUCAUUUGGGUCUGGAGGAAAGAACAGUUCGGAGCUAUGGCCAUUUGGAUGCAAGCACGACACAGCCAGAACCACUGCUAAUGAUGGCGAAGUGCCAGAGCCUAGCCGGUGUACCGUUUUACUCGGCUAAAAAUGGCACUGUUGGUGUGUUUUCAGAUUAUCAACAGCCUUCGAUUCAGCCACAUCAAUCAGAUCCAAAACGGCUGGAAAGGUUUUCUGAUGCUCAGAAGCGCAACGGAAUGGAGUUCAUUUCGGGUUUCCAGCAGCCUGGUAAAAUCUCACGGUUUGGGGGUGCUGGUAUCCUUGUAAGCGGGGUCUCAGAUCCUGUGGCUGCUCUCAAGGCUCAGUAUGGUCCCAGUUCAAAGGUUAUGGGCAGUGACGUGGAUCCUUGGAAAGACAUAGGAAGCAGGUAGCAUCGGUAGUGGUAGCGGCUUUAGUGCAUGUUUUGUUACCCCCUGUAUCAUAUUUAGUUUUUGUAACUUAAAUGAAGAAAACAAGGGAAAGUGAAUGGCUUUCCUGUUCAUACUAUUUGUAGGCUUUGCAGUAGCUGUUGGGUUAUGUUAUGUACUUGGCAUUAACAUCUCUUACCUUUUCUGCAGCUCCAUACCCUUUGCUAGCUUGACCUGUCAACAGUGGCACAGUGCUGUAGGUUCGCUAGAGGUGCUGUCCACAGGCUGACUAUAUGUGUUUGCAGGUAGGGUUUUGUUUUGUCAGUUUAUGCUGAAACCUCACAUCAUUGUAAUAUGCCUAACUCGGUAUGCUAGUCUGAUGGAGUUUUGGUUGAAAUUUUCCCUUGGCUGAA